AUGGCCGGGCUUUCUUCCAACUGGAAAAAACUUCAAGCUCAACUCCAGGCUGAGGCCGCCUCCAAGCCUUCAACUAAACGAAAAGCUGAAGAGCAGCUGCAAACCCCUGCGAAAAGAAAGUCUCUGCAAACGCCCAAAGGCAAGAACCCUGGACCACCAAACCGCAAGCAGAGAAUGGGCGGUGUCCAGAGCUCAACUGCAAUCGAAAAGCCAAAGCACACUCCGUCGCCGUCGCUGGCAAUAUGGGCAGAGGAUCAUGGCGUCUCGGCGGAGGAUUUGGCAGAGGCGUACGGUCUAGGCGUGAAGGGUAACUCUCUGAUGCUGGCAUCUGAGAAAGACAAAGUGAACCACGGCCUCACGAAAGGACUCGAGAUUGGAAAGUACGUCGCCAUCGAUUGCGAGAUGGUAGGGGUCGGCCCUGGUGGCCAUGAAUCAGCGCUGGCACGCAUCAGUAUUGUCGACUUCCACGGGCGGCAAGUCUACGAUUCGUAUGUGAAGCCAAAGGAGCGCGUCACCAAUUGGAGAACAGCCGUGAGCGGAAUCUCACAGAAGGAGAUGAGGUUCGCAAGAGAUUUCGACGAGGUGCAGAAAGAAGUCGACGCCAUCAUCAAAGACAGAAUCCUCAUUGGGCACGACAUCAAGCACGAUCUGGAGGCUCUCAAGCUCUCUCACUCUCCAAGGAAUAUUCGCGACACCGCCAAGUACCCGGCCUUUAAAAAGUAUGGACACGGGAGGAAACCGGCGCUCAAGAUAUUGGCCAGAGAGAUUCUCGGCAUCGACAUUCAAAGCGGACCGCAUUCGAGCACCGAAGACGCAAGAGCUACAAUGCUGCUCUUUCGGAAGCACAAGUCUGGAUUUGAUAUGGACCACGCCAAUCGGUUUGCUCCCAAGCAGCCGGCACACAACGGCACAACUCGCACAAAGAAGAAGACGAAGAAGUGA